AUGCCCUCCACGGCUCACCUACUGGGGCUGUCCGGCCUGGGCAUGUCGGACCUGGGCCUGUCGGGGCUGGGGCUGAAGUGUGAGCAUGAGAUUGAGCGGAGGUACGAGAUUGUGCCCUCCGUGGUCUGCUCCAUGUGCUGCCUCUUCGGGAUCAUCUACUGCUUCUUCGGGUACCGCUGCUUCAAAGCGGUUCUGUUCUUGACCGGGCUCAUGUUUGGCUCCGUGGUCAUCUUCAUGCUGUGCUAUAAGGAGCGUGUGAUGGACACCCAGCUGAGCGUGGAGGCCUCCGUCGGAAUCGGCCUGGGGAUCGGCACCCUCUGCGGCCUGGUCACCAUGCUGGUCCGCUCCGUGGGGCUGUUCAUGGUGGGACUGCUGCUGGGACUGCUGCUCGGGGUGGCCUCGCUGGUGGUGAUGGAGGAGUUCUACCACCCCCGGACUGUGUGGGUGCCCAUAGGAGUUCUGCUGGGCUCAGGCACUCUGUUUGCGGUGCUGACGCUCCAGUGGCAGCGCUGCUUUGUCACUCUCUCCACCGCCACGUUUGGAUCGGCCAUUAUCACCGUCACCGUGGACUACUUUAUCGAGCUCUUCGCCCUCGUGCACUACAUUUACGAACGCCUCCGGGUGUCUCCAAAGAAGCCGCAGUGCUGGUUCACGUGGGUGAUCCUGGGGGUGUGGCCUGUGCUGGCGCUCCUGGGGGUGCUCAUCCAGUGGAAGGUGACGGGAGAGGGCUUCUCCCACACAGAGGUGGUGCUGAGCCGACAGCAGCGCCGGGUGCAGCUCAUGAAGCUCCGGCAGAGAGAGGAGCGACUGCGGCAGGAGAGCGAGAACAAGAAGAAGAAGAAGAAACACAGCUCACACAACCACCAGAGGGAGCUCAAACACAAACCUGCGAGCCAGCAACCGCAGUACCACCACCCUGGCUCCUCCCACACGCAGCAGAGCCACGCCCCUCAGCCAUACAAAGCCCCGCCCCCACAGACCGAGCCCGGCUACCACCGCAAGCCCCACCCUAAGAGACGCUUUGACGGAGACGUUCUCUCUCCGAGCUACAUCCGCAGUUUCCGGGACAGGCAGUCAGACCGGCGCUCCUACUCCCAUACCCGGAUCAGCCGGUCCCGCAUGGCCGAGCUGGACUACGACUGCGGCUCCCAGGUCCCACUCACGGCCCAGAGUGGCCCCCCAGCACGCAUCUGA